AUGUGUAUAUUUAUUUCUAUUCUACUUUGUACUCUCCCAAUCAUUCCAACUCACUGUAAUGACCGGGCGCUUUCCCAUUCGGAAUCCUAUCGAACUCUUUCUCGUUUAGUCAAGACCCUACAAGAUCAGAAAUGUCCUGAUUCGGUGUUUUUAACAGACAUUGAGGCUGCUGGCAGUUUAGAAUUUGCACAGAGUAAUCAUUCCUACCUCCUCCCACUUAAGCCAAAGUAUAUUGAUUUUCUGAAUACUGUGAUUACACCUGUAGCAUUACAUAACUCCUACCGCAGGGAUAUAACACGUGCUCUCUCAUUGGCCCAACUCAUUAUCAACUGGUUGUCAAUAAAGGGCGUUGUGCUGGCGGAGGGCAGAGUUGGAAACGUGGAUAUGAAUAACUUUAUCGAACCACUGAUGCGGGCUUUCACCAAGACGCCUACGUAUUAUCAAAGUUGUGAACAAUCUGUGAUCAAUAGUAUUACUAUUUGCGCUGGAAUUGAACGUCUAGUUUACGUGGAGAGGGGAUCCAGAAGUGGUGCCGAUUUUCAACCACCAAGCAACCUCUGUUCACUCAUGACACCGAUUCUAGAAGCCUCUUCUCUAAUACCUGUAUCUAAGACAAUUCCAAUGCUUGGCCUUUGGGCGCCUCUACACUGCAACAAUGGAACUAUUGAAGCUGGAAGGAAGCUUCCUCUUCACUUGAUCAUUCCUAUUCCGCACACGAAAUCUGUAAGUAUACUCUACGAAUUUGACCUUCGGAAUUUUACUCUCGAUCUCUGUGCUUUGGAGUUGGAUGACUGUCGGCACAGCACCACCCAGUGCGUCCGACAUCAAUACAAACCGUGGCCUUUCGAUACAGCAAAUUACAUUUGCCUUUGCAAACCCGGGUUCUACACAGAUAUGCCCGACAACAGAUCUGUAAAUUGGGAUAUCAGCAAUUACGCUUCUGCCGCAAAUCGUUCGAUUACUAAAUUCCCAUCAGAGGAAGGCAGCUGUGGCGGUUGGAUUAAUGCUAAGGCCGACAUUAGGGUUGUCAGUAAAGCCAUCUAUCCUGACCUUCUGACCUGGGGUGAACCUGUAUCAGUCAACCCCGACCAUUUUGAUUUACUUUGCUCUAUUCCAUUUUAUGCAGCAAAUUAG